AUGACCGACACAGAUGCCGACAUCUACAGAUACAGAACAUUUCGCUGGUUUGAAAGCAUCCAUCGAAACGCUAACAGCAACGAAAUGAGGACCGCUGCUCGGGUGUCUGAUGGUAAUGAGGUGUUUAAGGCUGGUAUGGAUAAACACUUUGACGCAUACUUGGAUUAUAUGACUACAGAUCCUGGCCUGGCAGACCUUCUUCGCAUCCACGAGGCAAGUACGGGUAUCCAUAAGGAUCCUUUUGAAAGACCUGCAGUCUUCGAUCAGAUAUUGGACUACCACAAGUUGACAGCCAACAAUCCCGAUGCGGAGCGACGCAAGAUGGCUGGGCGGAAGGUAGUUGUGUACUGCGUGCAUCCUUAUACGCAGUUCAUCAUUGAGGGUAUAUGCUCAAUGGCAGAGUUCACAUUCUUCUCGCUAAGAUCCAAGCACGAUAUCCGCACGACUCGAUCCCAGAUCUUGGACAAGUUUAACAACCCUCAAGUACGGGUGGACUUUCUCCUCAGCACCAUGCGCAUUCUAGGCCACGGCGUUGAGCUGCACAGUGACUGCAGUGAUAUGGUCAUUUUCGAGAUGCCUAAUAACAUCCCGAUCAUGCUCACAGCUAUCGGAAGAAUCCACCGGACUGGCCAAAGAAGAUCUCAAGAUGUAUCAUUCUUAACCCUGGCCAAGUCAUACGACGAUUAUACUUUUCACCGACAGUACCGCAAAUACGCCAUCUCUUUGUUGGCUACUGGUGUGCUCAGCCCACAACUCGAUCAACUUGUGUGCAGCGACCGAAAAGAUUGGGAGGCAUUCACGGCCAGUCCCGCAGGAAAAAAGGCUUGCCGUGAAGCUGAGAGGGAGAGAGGUCCUCUGCCGCCUCCAGACCACCAAGUUCACCAGUUAUAUGCUGCUGGUGAGCUAGCCCGGCAGCUGCUGGGAGCGAGAUAUAACAGGAGCUACAUCUUGUGGGUGUUUUUGAAGAAAAGGGCCCCCUUUGGCUCCUCUUAUGAGUUCAUUUUCAUACCCCAGAUGGAGCUUUGGGCCUUCGCAGCUGAGAAUUUUGAGCAAGCUACGGCAAGGGGAAAGAGUAUUCUCCUCGAGGUCUUGCAGCAUCCGUCAGCGCACCAAGACGACGAGCCAAGCGGAGAAGAUACUCAAUCUACCUCAGACGAGCCGAAAAAGGAUAGCGAUGCGCAGCCAAAACAGUCCAAUGUGAAGACUGAAGGCGAGACACCAGGGGUGUCAGAUGCGAAGGACAAGCCGAAUGGCUCAACACCGCAAUGA